UGAAUACUAUUCGAAACAUCACAAUUGAAAGAUGAAUUUUACUUUGAAAGUUCCCCCCGGAUGCCCCGAGUGUUACCAUUUCAGAUCAGCUUGAUUUGGGAGAAAUCAGAUCUAAAGUUACGUUAUGUUAAUGGACUGGUGGGGACGCAUUCGGAAUUAAACAUAAUAUUCGCAGCCCAUAUUUCUUUAAACUGAUGACGGCCGGGGAUUGAGUUGAUUCGUAAACGGAUUCAAGGCAAACGACGUAAUUUUGCGGACGACUUCAUACUUUUUGGAGGCCUGGGGAAAACGCACUUAAGCUAACGAGAAAAAGCCACCAUGUCGUGGGAAGAAUUGCCUUGUUGUCUGGCUUCGCCUCUGUGUUCGCCUGCUCUGUGAUCCCACUGGACGACACAGCAGCCAGAGCUUGUUAGCUUCCGAGCCAUGGCGGACAGCUUUGGAGAGGAGUCCAGUGGCAGUGCCCUUGGCUUAGGCGUUACCGGCCAGGGUAGUGGAGCCUCGCUGCUGCCGACUUUGACUAACUCUCUGCCGGGUGGGCACUCGAUAGCCAGCGUUGCUCAUUCAAGCUCGAACCCGGCCUCUCCUCCUCCCGCAGCGGCAGCGCAGAGUGGCCUUACGGCUGUGGUGGCACCUAUGUCAGCUGUCACUGCUACCCCUGUCGGAUUUGGGACCACAUUCACCCCAGGCUCCUCGCCUCCGGUUGUGGCCGUGUCUCCGACUGUACACGCCUCCUCACCUCUCCCCGGUAUUGGGCUAGGGGUCGGCGGGAUGGCCGGGGUGUCAGGAGCGGGCCUCCUCUCCCAAAUCCAUGCCACUUCCUGGGACCCGACCCUCAGUACGGACUGGGACAACGAGAAGGCUUCCCAGCAGUGUAUCUUGAGGAUAAAGAGGGAUAUCAUGUCCAUCUACAAGGAACCUCCACCAGGGAUGUUUGUUGUCCCUGAUCCUCAAGACAUGACCAAGAUCCAUGCUCUGAUCACAGGGCCAUUUGACACACCAUACGAGGGUGGCUUCUUCCUCUUCCUUUUCCGGUGCCCCCCCGACUACCCGAUCCACCCACCCCGGGUCAAGCUCAUCACCACUGGACACAACACUGUCCGCUUCAACCCCAACUUCUACCGCAACGGCAAGGUCUGCCUUAGCAUCCUGGGGACAUGGACAGGGCCAGCAUGGAGUCCAGCCCAGAGUAUCUCAUCUGUUCUCAUCUCCAUCCAGUCUCUGAUGACUGAGAACCCCUAUCACAAUGAACCCGGCUUUGAACAGGAGCGCCACCCAGGAGACAGUAAGAACUACAACGAGUGUAUUCGCCAUGAAACCAUGAGGGUGGCAGUGUGUGACAUGCUGGAAGGCAAAGUCACCUGUCCUGAAGCUCUGGGGAGCGUGAUGGAAAAGUCCUUCCUAGAGUACUAUGAUUUCUAUGAGGGAGUCUGCAAAGAGAGACUGCAUCUACAGGGCCAGAACAUGCAGGACCCAUUUGGUGAGAAGCGUGGUCGUUUUGACUACCAGGGCCUGCUGGCUCGCCUCAGUGCCACCCACAGGCGAAUACGGGAGAAAAACCUGGCAGAGGACGAACACAACGAUGAUGAUUCAGAUUCAGACACCAGCUCUUCAGAGACAGACCCUGACAGUCUAGGCAGCUCCCAGCCCUGACUCCCCAGGCAGGCCUGGACUUCAAGCCAGGUCAGGGACUAAAGACAAGGGGAUGUGUUUUUCUGUUUCUGUUUGCUGUGGAGGAGCAAAAUCACUAAAAGAGAAUGCAAUGCCUAUGUUUAAGGCUUUAGUGAUUCCAGGGUUCAUCUGCAUUGGAUUCUGUGGUGUGAAUGCUCCAGAGAGAGAAGAAAUGGUAAUUCUCUCCUGACAGUGAAAGAUGAUCACCAUGUGCUGGUCAAAUGCUUGCAAGUUUGGCCUGGAGUGGUGCAUUUGUGCUACUUUUGUAGCUAACCUGCUCUCAUUUUGAUGUCUUGGUUGAUUCUAAAACGCAAGAUGGCUGUCCAAAUGUCUAAUAUUGUGAGAUUAGUCAGCCAAUGUUGCUUGUGAAAUGUUAGUUUCAUGUCUCAAUGACAAAAGUACAUGUGACAACAUUCUGAAGCAGUCGUUCCACUUUGAACUCAAGAGGGGAGAAAGAAGAGACAAACCAUUUCUCAAUGGACGGUAGUUGAAGAAAGUGAACAUUUGCCAAGAUUUCACAUGGUGAAACCACACCACACCUCUGAGACUGGACCUCAGCUGCCUCCACAAGCAGCCCACAUAAAAACAUCAGCAGCUCUUGUUUGAAAAUACAGUGAUUAAUGUGUAAUAUACUAAAAGUUCUGCUUAGCCUUCAGUUCCAAUAGUGCUGUUGAACUGACAGUAAAUUUGUUUACCAGAUAAGAUGCUGUUAGACAUACACAUUUAUACCCUUUCUUAUGCUGUUUUCUCAUCGUCAUUACGAAACUAAUGCUAAUUUGUGGUGUGUCAGGUGGGUUGUUUAUUUGGGAAGCCUGCUGUUCUUUGGGUUGCUGCCUCUUGUGUUUAACCAGUCGAGAACCAUCUCGCACUUGAGGAAGAUCCACCUGGACUUGGGGCAACUAACGGAAGCAACAUCUUAGGAACUUUUCCAAGUGUCUAUAUUGCAGAUAACUCAGUUUGUCUGUUCUUUCUGAAUGAGUGUGGCCUGGCCAAAGGCUUUGGUUGCAUCUGUACAGAGAUACACACAGAAGUUAAAUCACAUUUUAGGUUUUUCAUACAUAGUUUGAUUUAACAAUUUAACAAUACCUUUUGUUGAUAAUAAACAGGUAAACCCCAAGUAACAGUUGGAAUUUGAGAACCAUCCUUUUCACCACUAGAUGUCAACACAGAGUGGGUUUGGUGUUACAGCAUCCCAUCAGACCUAUAAAGAAACUGAAGAUUAGCCAGCCUUUCUCAGUUGACACGUUUGUUCACUGCCACUGCCUAUGUUGAACUUCUCAACGGCACAGUAAAUGAAUAUAGUUGUUGACAUUCAGCAUCACUAACAAUCUGACUGUUCUCCAGUUUAAAAAAAAGAAAGUGGGGGGCAACGUUUGUAGGGAUUUGAGUGGAUAGGUUCAGAUCUUUUUUUUUUUUUUUUUCCACCAAAUCUGACUGUACACUACUCACAUACCCAUAUGUACAGUGAAAGUGUUGCUGGUUGCCGUAACCAUACCACCUGUUCAUUCUGGCUGUGAAGAGAUCCUUUUCUCACUUGACUCAGUUGCAAAAGAUGGGAGAAAAUCAUUAGUCCUCAUUCUGGUUCACAUGGAGAUUUUGUACUCGAAGACCGCACUGGAGGAUAACUUGCUCAGAUUGAGGAAACUUCAGGCUAAUUGCAAAAUUUAUUUAAAAAAAUAUUUUAAUGUAAAUAAGGGAUUUCUUCACAGUCGGAGAAGGAACGAUUCUACUGACCAGUCACUUCAUUUAGGUAACAUACUGGAUGUGAUUUAUCUUUUCAAGGAAUUGUUCAACAUUUUUGGAAAAUUUGCUCAUUUGAUCUUCAAAUUAAUACCUCUCUCAUGUUUGUACAGUAAAUCAGAAGCAGCCUGUUGGUGUAGCAUAAAGACUGCAUAUGGGGACACAGCUAGCCUGUCAGAGAGGAAAAAUAGAAACUCCUACCAGCACCCCUGAAUCACCCUAACAUUUUAGCAUGUUAUAUGUCCUUUGUUUUUCUGUACAUAAGUGUAAGAAUGACAAUUUGCUGUUGUACAACUCUGGAACGUCAUCACGCUGCCAACUGUUUUAUCAAAGUAAACUGCAGAAAUGUGGUGUUCAUGUUAAGAAGUAAUGUACCAGGAAUGAACGCUUGCAUGUGCGUGAGUGGCCAAUGCAGCGCCUUGCCGAACGAUGUCACACUGUGUUGCAGGAAAAGCUGAACCAGAAUAAACUUGAAGUCUGUCUGAAUGUGGCCUAACUGUAGUCCAGAAAUGAAAUCGGCAUACAGUAGUUUCCAAAAUGUUGUACUAUUCCUUUAAGUCCAAACACAGACUUCAGCUUCAGCAUACUGCCCUUCUCAUGCUAUUUCAAGAUGUUCUUCAACAUGGUGAGACAAUGUUUGAGACACAUGAGUUACUGUUGGGCUUGUUGUAGUUCCUUUCUGCCUACCAUUGUGCUCCAAAGUCUGCCUGUAGCGCUCCACAGACAUGUUGAUGGAGAGAACAGCAGUGUGCCUCUGCUGACGGCAUUUUGUCAAGCCCUGGUUAGUUUGCUGAAGAUACAAAUGAGUUACUAAUAUAGGGCAUUCUUUUUUAUCUCUUUUAAUAUGUAUCGAAUGGUUACAUAAGAAGCACUUACUAGCAGAAUAUAUGUGAUUGCCAAAAUGUUGAUUGCAACAGACUUCUUGAAGGGAAGAUAGAGACAUAUCCCUGUUUGGUUAUGUUGUUUUUUGCUUAAAGCAGGGUUCUUUUGCUUGGCUUACUGCCACAAGUGAUCAUUUCCAGGUCGUGAAAAUGUUGGUAUUGUACAGAAGUUCUGGAAAAGUAC